AUGGUUUCUGCUUCCUCUUUCUUCGUUGCUUGCACAGCAAUCGUCGGUGCUCUAGCGGCCCCCUUUGCCGAGCUCGAGCCUCUCGACGGUCUUCACGAGAAGAUCGUAGAGAGAACACCAGCUGGUACCGGCACAAGCAAUGGCUUUUUCUACUCGUUCUGGACCGACGGAGGAGGUAGUGUCACCUACAACAAUGGUGCAGCUGGUUCCUACGACGUCAGCUGGUCCAAUGUCAACAACUUUGUGGCUGGCAAGGGUUGGAACCCAGGCUCUGCUCGAGUCAUUACCUACAACGGCACUUGGAGUGGCGCCAAUGUGAACAGCUACCUUUCCGUUUACGGCUGGACGAAGAACCCAUUAAUCGAGUACUACAUCGUCGAGGCGUACGGCACGUACAACCCCGGCUCGGCCGCCCAGAAGAAGGGCUCGGUCACCAGUGACGGUGGCACCUACGACAUCUACCAGACUACCCGCGUCAAUCAGCCCAGUAUUAUCGGAACCGCCACUUUCCAGCAAUUCUGGAGUGUCCGCACCAGCAAGCGUGUCGGCGGAACCGUCACCGUCCAGAACCACUUCAACGCCUGGAAGCAGUAUGGCUUGUCUCUCGGUACUCACGACUACCAGAUCGUGGCAACUGAGGGCUACCAGUCGAGUGGCAGUGCGAAGAUCACUGUCCAAGGACCGUGA